GGCGCCUCUUACAGCAGCCGCCGAAGUGAGCGUCAGCAACUGGCCGCCGCCUCCACCACAGGGCUCGUCAUCAAGAACACGGCCACCACCGGUCGCGCCCGGGACGACCACGUGGCCUACAACGCGCGCCCUCACGAGGCCGUGCACGCGGCGCCCGAGCACGUGGAGACGCAGCCCGCCACCCAGUUCAGGGUGCUUCAAGACAACACCGAGAAGUUCCAGCACAACAAGCUGCAGCAGGCCGGCGCCUUCCGCGCGCCCACCAACGCCAACCGGAGCUUCCAGCCCAGCUACGGCCCCGCCAAGGAGCUGGCGGGCUUCGACUCCAUGACGGUGAGGGCCACCGACGGCAGCGAGACGCUGCUGAAGCACGCGCUGCCGGUGCCCAGAAGGAGCGGGGAGCCCAGACCGGCCCACGCCCGCGCCCGUGCGGCAGCUGCGGGACUUCAACGCAGGCCCAGCAGUCCGUUUGGCGCCUGCAGACAGGCCGGUGCGGCGCUUGGAAUAACUGCCUGUGGAAACGGAAUUGCUGAGCAGUUGGAGCACGUGGUCCAGCUGCUGGAUUAUUGGUCCUUGCUGUGGAAGCACCGAGGGCGCAGUCGAGCGAUAGGCCCAGGCGCUUAUGAGAAAUACUGCACCUUGGGAUUAUUCGGGCACGGGGGCAUCACCGGCAUCUCCAAAGCUUGUGGACAGCGCGAGGCCUGCGCGGCGAUCAAUGCAUUUCUGAAGGACAGGUUUCCGAACAGAACCUGGACAUCCAUCGCAGUAUUGUACAAUCCAAAAAUCGGUCUUCAUAGAGACGUCUGCAACCUGGCGGGCCAUUUGAACCACGCAAUCACAUUGGGCACUUUCACCGGAGGCAAAGUCUGGAUCGAAGAUGAUGAAGGAACAUCUUCUGCGACGCUUAUCCAGAAGAACGGCACCCGUUCUCUCUGUGGAACUUGGAAAGACGUUCACAAUGAAGGAUUGUCAUUUGACGCAAGGCGUUACCAUCAAAUUGAACCUCAUGAAGGACGCAUGUGGGCAUUGGCAGCCUACACUCCACAGGCCUUUCUCCGAAUGACAAAUGAACAGGCCUCUGACUUGCUUUCAUUAAACUUUCCGCUGCCAGCAAAUACAACACAAGCUAAUCCUCAUGAUGCUCAUCCGCCGCUCCGCCGAUGCUCAUCUGCCGGCCGGCUGAUGGCCCACUGA